CCCCCCCCUCCUCCUCUACGACGCGUAAUGCCUCGGGGUUUCCUUGUCUCGGCUGCAGGCGGGGAGGAGAACGGGAGGAAGAGCUGACGCGCACCAACACAGCGGCGUGUUCCCUCACGCCCGGCCACCAUCAUGUUUACGGGGAUGCGGGCGGAAAACCGGAGCAGCUCGGAGGCUCUGGAUGCCGCGGCACUGAGGCAGCAGAGGAGGCUGAAACAAGCUAUCCAGUUCCUACACAGAGACUCUGCUGAUCUGCUGCCUUUGGAUGGACUGAAGAAACUGGGGACAUCCAAGCAGGGACAGCCACACACUAUUCUCCAGAAGAGGCUGCUGGAGGCCAAGCUGUCCCAGGGCAGGAUUGACACACAUAGGGGAACCCCGAGUAGAGGAGUCCAGCGGAGCUGUCGGCGGCUUUCAAACGAGGAUGAGAAGGAAGGGGGCGACGACAUCAUUUGCGUGGCCUGUAAAUGUUUCGGCCAGGAAGUUACGCUGCUGAUUGACACGGGCUGCAGGAUGAACCUGAUAUCUUCGCUGACCGUGGACAGAUUAGGACUGAAAGUGCUGGUGGAGGAGAACAAAACGGACCCGGUGGGGUUUCCGUUUCAGCGGAAACUUUGCAUCGAUGGAUACAUCAGGGAACUCAGCUUGACCGUCGGAGGACUCCGAAUAAUGUCUUCAUUCUUUAUAGUGGAAAGCACCAAACCACUCAUGUCUCUGGGCAGCAAGACUUUAAACUCACUCAAGUGUGUAAUUGACACAGAUAAGCAGAUAUUGGUGUUUGGGACAACCACAAGGGAGCAGGUUGACUUUGUUAAAAUGCCACAAAAUGAAAGCGACCUGGAUUACUGACCUUCCUAAUAGAAGUCAGUGUGGGAAAGUGGUCGAUUUCUCACCAGCCUUUACCUCAAAAUCCAAUAUGGCCGACUUGCAUAAAGAACUUGACAGCUGAAAUAACAAACAGUUGUUGUUUUUGUUUUACUAUUGUUAAUUUGUACAAAUAAAGGCUAUAAAAGCUCAUUUAAAGCUUCAGUAGGGAGUUCUGAGAAAACUGUGGACUUAGCCAGAAGAUUUGAACAAGCACGCCUUACAGGUCCCUCCCCCUUGCUCUCUGCUGCCUUACAGCCCUCCCUCCACAGCUCCUCCCCCACAGCGGAGCGUACCUUAGGGCUCCAUGUCUAUCCUCAUUUUAUUUCAGGCUCAGUCUAAUUCUUUCUUUUUAGCUUGCUUCUCCUUUUUGCCUGUCUUUGUUGUCUGAGCAGGUGCCACUCGAUAAAUUGGCAGUUCUCCUGUAAAGCAGGUUGUUUCUCUGCCAAAUUUCUGCACCGCUGCAGCCCACUGGUAAUCUCAAGCAUAAACAAUGGUACGCACCAUGUGGGGAAGGGGGUGUGAGUACAUGAGCAUGAUAGACAUUGCUAAGGAUUCAUAUCAGACAUUCCUUCUGGCCCUGAUUGGUUGUUUCUGUCUGGGAGCGGUGCAUUGACAAUGGGACCCCUGGGAGGGAGGAGCCAGAAGAACUGGACUUUUUUCACAGAUUAUCUCUCUCCUACUUUACUGUCACGACAUAGAAACAGUUUUAACAAAUAUGUACAAAAUGAAUUUUUACAAAAACUACCCACUGCAGCUUUGAAGCAUGUAAGGAGGGUCCCAUGUCGCUGUGUUUUAGAGUAGAUAUAUCAUUGACCUAAAUAGUGACAGUAGACCUGCUAGUAUAACAGAACCUUUAAAAAAGGGUAACUACAGUGUUUGAAAGUAGAAAGUGCAGGGGAAAUAAUUUAUUAGCUAUUACUGCUAGUAGCGGUUAGCUACCCUGGUCACUAGACAUACCAAUUAGCAAAAUCCCAUCGGUUUUCAGAGUCUGAACUAGAAUACGGUCUUGUUUCAUUGAAUCAUUAUAUCCCCAAAUCAAAGUUUGGACUUUAAACUUUGAUUUGGUAAUACAGAACUUGAUUACUUGUUAGCUGUCAAAGUAUACACUUUAUCUACUCUUUUAUCUACUUCGACAACUCAGUGCCAUAGUGUGCUCACUCACUUCUUUGCUUGGUUAUUAGUUGUGAAGAAGAGACACGCAACCUCAUAGAAACACUACUUUUUAGACAUUAAGGACUUCUUAUGUAGCCCCGGCUCUCUGGCAAGCCUGAUGUGUAUCUUAUACAAGUCGUCAACUAUGUUCUGUGCAGGUAGAUAACAGAAGCUGUAGUGACGUUUUUGUAAUUCUUAUGCAAAUGUAUUUUUUUUUUUAUAUUAAUGGCCAAAACCAGUAUUCUACAGCCAUUGUGGAUUACUUGUGUUGAGUAUAGAUUAGGUGGACAACUGUGGCCAAAAACAUUGUGACUGACACAAAUGCUGUUUUUCACAAAGUCUGCUGUGUCAGUGUAGCUAGGUUUGGAUUGGCUUUCUAUUUAAAACAUUUUAUGAGUUUCUCUUAUUGAGAAAACAAAGGGAUUCUGUAAAGCACCAACACUAAAGACAUUGGCCUGUUUCCCAGACUUUUUAUCAACAUUCUGAUCAUUGUUCAGCACCAAAUUACACUGCAGAGUAAAGUUGCCCUUCCAGGCUGUUUAUUCAUGUCUGUUGUGAGAAAAAUUGUGAGUUAAUUCACUUCUUUGGACAAAAGGCAUCCCCACAUAUGAACAGCCUCAGUACACUUUACUUUUGUUAUAACAGAUGACCCAUGGUAGCGCUCACUUUUUUUCCUCCAGAUUUUAUGCAUAACAGAAAAACAGUAACUGCUUCCUACUGCCAUGUGCCAGCCGUGUAGAGCUCUGCACGGGUGGUAACCCGAUCCCUUAGCUGAGUCCUUGAUGGCCAUGAUCCGUCGCGGGACUCUAUGAGCCCUGAAGCAAUCUAACCUGGUCAGCCUGAUUGAUAAUGAGAAGCACUCUAGUUCUGCACAUUAUCAAUCUGGGACUGCUCCCACUGAACCAGUUUGGGGAAAGGAGCAGAACUCUCCAAGCUUAUUGGGGAAGCAACAUCUAGUGCCCGCCUACAACAGGUUGGUUUUAGACAAUCACGGAAUAAAAUCAAAACAUAAGCAGCAGGCAUUAUGAGAAGCCACGAGAAGGUAAGCUAGUCAAGGCAAGUUUGCUGUUCUUCUUUCAAAAAACAAAUCAUGGAUCCUGACAAAACAGACGUGAUAGCAGCAGCUAUGCAUGCGUCCUCCUGCCCUUCCAUGUUUAUGAUGGCCGGCUGUGGACUCAGCAGCUCUUGCCUUCGUCGUACUGGUAUGUCCCGCCUUAAAUCACAACAGUGCAACGUGAUCGGCCAGAACCGUUUUUGGUUCGGACACAAACGGUUGAAGCCGGAGCGGUACGAGAUGGAUUCUCAUGUUUGUGAACGCACGAAUACCGCGAGAAUUCAUCUUGCAGGGAAGGUUAGAAGCAACCUUCACAGCAACUUAAUCUCUCUCUCCUUGGUUCUGAUGUUUUGAUGAUUUUAUUUAUUUAGAUGCCAUCUUACAGGAGUCAAUAUCCUUGCUUGUGAAACUAUUUUUAUGCAAAGCGUGCUGAAAGCAUGUUUACCUGCAAAUAGCCACAUAGGAAGAAGGAUUUCAACCACUACUUCUUUUCAAAGCAACUUCUGCUCGUCUGUUGAAGUCAGACAGAGUGCUGUCAGAUGGCCUCUCCCCAGCUUCCCCUGAGCUACCAGGAGAUCUUUGAGAAGAUGCUUGGAGGUUAAUUCAUGGUCGGGCUUAAACACGGCGAAAAAGAGUUUUUGUGAUCAAGACAGUUUUUAUUCACUUUCAUAGCCUACUAAUUUAUUGCAUCUCAGCUCAUCACUCUUCGUUUCAACAAAGAAUCAAUGCAAAACAGCUACUUUAUAAAAACAGGCAGAGACGUUUGUGGGGACAGUAAAGAUUUCUGUCAGUCUGAAAAGCUUAUGGCCACAAAUGUGAAUCUUCUAUAUUUUAUGAUGUUCGAAAAUAUUAAAUAUUGUGUCUUUUUUAGUCUAAUUUGUAUUUGUAUUGUAUUCAAUGCCUAGGAAUCUGUACAACAGAGUAGUAACACUUCAGAUAAGUUGUAUCAUAUGGCUGAACCAAAGUACAGGUAUCAAAUAAAAAAAUAUAUUUCCUAUGUC